AUGAUGAAAUCAACAUUCUUUCUUUCAAUCUUGUCAAUCUUAUUCGUUGCAAGUCAUGGCGUUGAAGCGGCAAGCUCUGCAAAAAUGAUUCGUAGAACAACGCACAAAGGAAAACCUUUUAUUUUGGACGGCAAGGAUGGUAUUUCGUAUGAGUGUACACCCUUACCAAGCCAUCAUCCAAAACACCAUCAUCCUUCUCAUCAUCCGCACCCUCAUCCACACGCCAGCUCUACAAGCUCCUCAAAAGUGAAGACCACCACAUUUCAUCAUUCAACUACGGCCACUUCAACCAGUACAUCAGGUGAUCCAACUACCAACACGAAGACACGCAGUACAGGCACGCCUACGAGCAGCACUUCCACUGACGUCACUUCAACUGCCAAGCCUACCAGUAACACCGCUACUGAUUCUACUUCAACGAUCACGAGUACAAGUGAGAGUAUUCGUACGUUCACACGUAGUGGUACAACCACUUCCACCACUCCAACGACAACAAGCCGUGCCCCUGACAGCACAGCUACGACCUGUCCACCAGGCUAUUCUGAAGUCAAACAAGGUGACCGUUACAUCUCUCAGGAUUCAGAUUUGAUCGACUUGAAAGGAUUGACGAUUGAUUUAAACAUUCUCAACUUUGGCAAAAGUGGUAAACAAGAAGAUUCAAAAACAGUUCCCGCUUCUGAUGAUUCGAUCUGCACAACUUCAACUUGUUGCGUUAAAGCUGAUCCGGGUAAAUGUCCCAACGGUUAUCAAACUGCAAGACGUGGUGAUACAAUGAUUGUUGAGCAAGAUAAUGAUUUAGUGGACUUGAAGGGACUUACGAUCAAUUUGGACAUUUUGAACUUUGGUGGAUCAGCAGCAAAGAAACAAAAAGCUCAAAACGGUCAACGAUGCGAUGCAGAAACGUGUUGUUAUCAAGAAGGUUCAGGUUUUACCGAAAUUGAUCAGGACAACGACUUAAUUGAUGCUAAAGGAAUCAAUAUUGAUUUGUGCAUUCUCAGCGGAACAUGUUAA